GAUUAUAUCGGCGUAAUCGAUUAUACAACGUCACAAACGUCAAAUUGCUUGCGUCCAUUUAUUAUUUUCUCAUCAAUCAAAUCAAAGCAAAAGGAAAAGUGCAAAUUACAGCAUUUACCUGUGUGCAGUGUGCUCGUGUGGACGUGAAAGUAGUGAGAAAAGUGCUGAGGAUUAGUUUGCAAAUACAUUGAGGCACAAUGACGCAGUAUUUGCCCCCGAAUUUGUUGGCUCUUUUCGCCCCACGCGACCCUAUUCCAUUUAUUCCGCCUCCAGAUAAGUUGCCCCAUGAAAAAAAGUCUCGUGGCUACACUGGCGUUGGGCAGUUCCUUCAGUUCUUUGAAGACCCAAAAGAUACGCCGCCACCGACGCGUGUGGAAACCCGCGAGGAGCGGAUGGAACGUCGCCGCAGGGAGAAAGCAGAGCAGGUGGCGUACAAGCUGGAGAGGGAGAUUGCAAUUUGGGAUCCCCAUCAGGUGCAACAUGCCACCGAAGAUCCCUUCAGGACGCUUUUUGUCUCCAGAAUUAACUAUGAUACAUCAGAGUCAAAGUUACGGCGUGAAUUUGAAAUGUAUGGCCCAAUAAAGAAGAUCAUCUUGAUCCACAACUCGGAAAAUGGCAAACCACGAGGUUACGCUUUUAUUGAAUACGAACAUGAACGGGACAUGCACUCUGCUUAUAAACACGCUGAUGGUAAGAAAAUUGAUGGAAAACGCGUGUUGGUGGAUGUUGAGAGGGCCAGGACGGUCAAAGGAUGGCUACCACGUCGUUUGGGCGGUGGACUCGGUGGAACACGUCGUGGUGGUCCUGAUGUGAAUAUCAAGCACUCUGGGAGGGAGGAUAACGAACGUGAACGCGAGCGGUAUCGCUUGGAGCGUGAGAAGGAAGAUCGUGAUCGUCGUGAUCGUGACAGAUUCGAUCGACGUCGCAGCCGAUCACGCGAAAGAAUACCACGCGAGAGGGAGAGAUCACGCCAUAGAAGUCGAUCGCGUGAGCGUAGGAAGCGUCGUAGUAGAGAUCGGAGUGACUACGAGGAUGUGGAACGUGAUCGCAUCCGUGAACGUGGUGAUCGUGCUGAGCGCGGUGAUCGUGAUCGUCGUGAUCGCGAGAAGGAUAAGAAGCGCAAGAGAUCUCGAUCACGUGAUCGUGAUCGUUCAGACAGAAAAAGAGACAGACGCGACAAGGAUCGCGAUCGUGAUCGCAAGGAGAGGAAGCCAGAUUUCCGUGAGGGAGACAUUAAGAUCAAAGAGGAGCCAAUUGAUGAUUAUCCGGAUUAUUCAGCACAGUACGCAAACUACCAAAAUGACGUUAAAUACGAAGAGGAUGAGGAGAAGUAUAGAAUCCCGGAAAAUGGACAAACAUACGAGCAGAGUGAUUGAGUGUGAAUUUGCAAAAUAUGUAAUUUUAUUUGAAGAUUAUCAAAUAAAUUCCUUAGCCCUUAAAA